UUGCUGGUAGUGGUGGAGGUAGGGUUGUAAUCCUGCGAGGCCCUCGGACACGUUUCUUUAUUUUUUUUUUUACGUAUGUUUUAAUUCGGCGCUGACUACUCUGCGUCUAGACUGAAGCUAUUUUGGUCUAGUAGCGACAGAGGAGCGGCAGACUCCGCGGAACAACUUCAGAUUUUCUUGAAAUUGUAGGCGAAUUCGGGCCGGGGGGAGGACUGGUAAUCCUGAGGGGGGAAGAAAGACGGCGGUGGGAAAUGGCCACUCAGGUGGAGGCUCUCCUGCCUGGCAACCCGCUUGCAAAGGCGGAGGAACACGGUAAAGUGAUCUGCGGUGAGCCGGAGGAUGAGGGAGGCGACGGGGCCAAGAGGCCGACGGGUGUCGCCGAACAGGGGAGCAGCAGCACCAGCAGCAGCAGCAGCGGCAGCAGCAGCCCAGGGCAGGGAGGGACCCCCGAUACGGAGGAGCAAACCUCCAAAGAGGCGACAGAGGAGAGCAAAGGGGGUUGUGAAAGCGAAGAUAAGCAGAACGAGGAAGGUGUUAAAGGCAGAAAGGAGUUUACUGAAGCUCCCCCGCCCAAGGUGAACCCGUGGACUAGGAAAAUGAGUGCGGUGACCGUGGUCAGCGUGAAUGGACAAGCACACCACGAGUCUACCGGCCCCGCCAAGGUGGUGAGAGCAGGGAACCCACCCAAAGCCAGACGUGGAGGAAAGGUUGGAGAUUUUGCCGACGCCAACAGCUGGCCAACUCCUGGGGAGAUCGCAACUAAAGACAUGCAGAUCGAGGCAGUGACACGGACCGUGUCCUGCCCGCCGACUGUCAGGCAGGUCAGAGACUCAUGGAGAUCCACUGCUCCUAAGAAGACGACCGUCAAGAAGGAGUCAAAGGAGUCGAAGGAGAAGAGGGAGAGCAACGAGGAGAGCAAGGAGAACCUGAAGGCCAAGUCGGACGACUCCGGAGAGGAGAAGAAUGGCGACGACGACUCCCAGAAGAACGGACCGAAGAAAAAAGGAAAUAAGCAGAAGUGGGUUCCCCUGAUGAUCGAAGUGAAGUCCGAGGGUCCCAGGGAGCGCUCGGCCUCCAGGAACAACAGCAGACAGAACGAAAACCCCCGUCUGCCCCCCAACGCCAGGAAUGAUCUCAGAGACUGGCACAGUCAAAAGUACGAGCGGGAGUGGCGUGACGACCACGACGAGGUGUCCAGUGUGAAGAGUGAGGGAGCGCCGUUCCGCGGAGGGUUCAGAGGUCGCGGACGGGGAAGAGGAAGAGGUCGGGGGCGGGGCAGAGGCGGGAGAGGCCACUAUGACUACCACUACAGCUACAAGUCAUACGAUACGAAAGACGGACCCUACGCCCAGAAGUUUGGCAACACGGUGACCUACUACUACGACAACAUGAGCAGCAACGACCUUUACUCAGUCGACCAGGACCUGCUGAAGGACUACAUCAAGAGGCAGAUUGAGUACUACUUCAGCCUGGACAACCUGGAGCGUGACUUCUUCCUGCGGAGGAAGAUGGACCAGGAGGGCUUCCUGCCCAUCGGACUCGUCGCCAGUUUCCACAGAGUGCAGGCCCUCACUACCGACGUCAACAUCAUCAUGGAAGCUUUGAAGGACAGUAAGGAAGUGGAAGUGAUCGACAUGAAGAUCCGUCGGAAGGUGGACCCAGAGAAGUGGCCUCUGCCGGGCCUUGCCAUGCUAAACCAAACCCAUACCGAUUUCUCCCAGCUCAUCAACUGCCCCGAGUUUGUCCCAAGGCAGAUGACCGAGGAGCCCAGAGGUUCUCCCAGGGCCUCCACACCGGUUAAGCAACAUGGCAAGACUGAUCUAGACACCUCUAACCUCAAGACCAUGCCCAAGGGCCUCUCCGCCAGCCUCCCCGACCUGGACUCUGAGUGCUGGAUCGAGGUCAAGAAGAGGCCCAGACCCUCCCCGGCCAGACCCAAGCUCAGCGCAGAGAAGGCCCCGUCGUUGCAGAAGGAAAAGGACGACUCGAGUCGCUCCCCGGUGCCUCAGUCUGGCUCCUCGCCCUCGCCUGCCACCACAGGAAAUAAGGACGGAGCGGAGCCGGACGAACCGGAGGAGCUGGACUUCAUGUUCGACGAGGAGAUGGAGCAGAUGGACGGACGGCGCAACACCUUCACCGACUGGUCGGACGAGGAGACGGACGGCGAGAUCGACGACCACGACGUCAACAAGAUCUUGAUCGUGACGCAGACGCCACCCUACCUGAGGAAGCACCCGGGGGGCGACCGCACGGGACACCACACAUCGCGUGCCAAGCUGUCCAGCGAGCUGGUCAAAGUGAUCAACGACGGGCUCUUCUACUACGAGCAGGACCUGUGGGACGACACGUACGAGCCCGAGUACGCCACCAUCAAGCAAGAGGUGGAGAACUUCAAGAAGGUCCACCUGAUCAGCCGCGAAGAAUUUGACUGCCUGACCCCUGAACCCCCUGUCGACCCCAAACAGGAAGUCCCUCCAGGCCCACCACGACACAAGCAGAUCCCCACAGACGCUUUGGCAAACAAACUCUUCGGUGCCCCCGAGCCCUCCUCAAUAGCUCGCUCACUCCCGACUACCGUGCCUGACUCGCCCAACUACCGCAGUGCCCGGACGCCCCGCACGCCUCGCACACCUCACCGGAAGGACCAGACUAUGACGCCGCGCUUCUACCCAGUGGUGAAGGAAAGUCGACCCGUGGAUGCCAAGACGCCCAGGAAGAGGAAGACCCGACACAGCUCCAACCCACCCAUGGAGUGUCACGUCGGCUGGGUAAUGGACUCCAGAGAGCAUCGCUCCCGUACUGCCUCCGUCAGCUCUAAUGCCAGUCCAUCGGAGGGCAUCCCUGCCCUGGGUAACAUUGGCUGCACACCUCAGUCCCUCCCUAAGUUCCAGCACCCAUCACACGAGUUGCUCAAGGAGAACGGCUUCACGCAACACGUUUACCACAAGUACCGUCGGCGCUGCCUAAAUGAGCGAAAGCGACUGGGAAUCGGCCAAUCACAGGAGAUGAACACACUCUUCCGCUUUUGGUCAUUUUUCCUGCGGGAUCACUUCAACAGGAAGAUGUACGAGGAGUUCAGACAGCUGGUGGUCGAGGACGGGAAAGAAGGAUAUAGGUACGGUUUGGAGUGCCUGUUCAGGUACUACAGCUACGGACUAGAGAGGAAGUUCAGGCCAGACAUCUUUAAAGACUUCCAGGAGGAGACCACAAAAGACUACGAGGCUGGCCAGCUUUACGGACUGGAGAAGUUCUGGGCCUUCCUUAAAUACUCCAAAGCCAAGACCUUGGAGAUCGACCCCAAGCUGCAGGAGUACCUGCGCAAGUUUAAGCGCCUGGAAGAUUUCAGAAUUGACCCGCCUAUGGAGGAAGGACGUCGCAGAAGGCACUCGUCCAGCGGGGACGGUCGCCGCCGGCACCCCUCUCAGCCCUCCAGCCGGCCCCACAGCCAGGCCAGCUCCGGCCCCAGCCUCGCCCAGGGCCCUGCCGCCAAGGAUGAUGCCAAACCCACCAGCCAGAAAGCCCCAGCCGCUGACCCCGCACCAGAUGCCAAGACACUGAAGUAACCCCACAAACACGCCGGCCCACAUGGAUCAACUCAACCAAGUCUGCAAGUCGCUGGUUCUGUCUGCGCCACAGGAGGGGGGAGGGGGCAACCAGUUCUUCAUUCAAGCAUGAGAAUAGUUUUUUUUUUUUUUUUUUUUUUUUUACUACAAUGACUUUUGACUGAGAAACAAGGAAGACAAAUAAUUAAUAUGGCUUGCUUUAUUAAUUAGUUCUGAGUUUUCAAGAAAAAAAAAUACCUUUUCUGUCUUGAUGAGGCAAGGAAUGGAUGGGGUGUCAAACACUUUUUUCCUAUUUUACAAAUCAUUGCCAGUCCACACGGUGGAUGGUUCAGUGUUGAUUUAUUACCCUGGAAAUUGUUCUUUUAUUUUUUAAAUUUUCAUCUUGACCCCCCCUCUCACUUGGGCCCCUCCUUGAUCGCCACUGUCCUGCUGGCUGAAAGAUAUUAGAUUCCUCCCCUAGAUCUCAGAUUUAUUAUUAUAAUUUCUUCGGCAUGUGGUGAGAUUGGAGACUUGGAAAUAGUUUGAACAAGACUGAGCAUCUGAAAGCCCCGCUAGCGACCACGCUGCAGGCCGUGCUGCUUCUGACAUCCAAUCGGACCAAAGUGGUUUCAACCAAGCGACUGACAUUUCCAUCCGCAGAGCCCCCAGUGCUCAAAAAUUCAAGAUAUUUGAUUUACUUCAUGGCUUGACAUUGAGGGGAAAAUAUUAAAGAACCAAAUGAUAAAAAGAGAGGAAGAAAAAAAAGACUUGUACCAAUCCCUCAGUAUGGACUUGAUCAUUGAAAGUUGCCUUAUUUUAAUGGUUUUACUGCUUCUAACUUGUGCCCGCCACCUUUUUGUCGAUUGUACAGCAUUGGAAUUACCCAUAUAUCCGGUCACCGUUUCCGGCAGAGGCCACUAGGUGGUGCUGUGCUGCCAAACUGUUUCACCACCCGCCCCUCACUCCCCUUCGCCACCUUUUCUGAACGGUCUUCCAAGUGUCAUUCAGUCUGUUACAAGUCCUGUAAUUCUUCCUUGUGUUUGCAAGUUGUGGCUUUUUGUGCUGAAACAAACCUGGUGGAAGUUUGUCGCGCGCGCCCCCCCCCCGCCCCUCCCCCCCUGUGCUUGGGUGCUUCCUGACUUUCUGCCGCCCCCUGCGCCUCCCAGUCAGAUGAGCUGCAUCCAUCCGUUCAUCCAUCCGUUUGACAUCCAUCCAUCAGUCGACCAUCAGUGACGAUACAGGACUGGAAUCAUCAAUCUGGAAUACUUGAAGAAGCGAUGGUUAUGAGGAGGGCUGUCGCGUCCUGUCGCAGGUGCUCUGGGUGGAGACGCGUAUGAGCCUCCAGACAUUUUGGCCUCCGACUUCACUGUUUAAACUGAAGCUCGAUCGGCCUGAUUGGGCCUCGGGCGCUCGCCACCUCUUCUUGUUCCACACUCGGAUACACACAUCAGUUACAGGUAUGAACACUGACAGGUGUAGUCACACACAGGUACAGAUGUAGCAGUGUGAGCAAGUUGAAUGCAAAACACACAGCUUGAUGUCUUGCCUCGCUGUGGACAAAAAUUCAAGACUGGACUCUGGUCUGUUCUGUUGUCACACUUCCUACAGUCAACUGUUUGGAUAAUUAAGAUCUUUAUCCAACUUGAGUACUGAUGAUAUCAAAUAGAAGAGUGAUUCUUUCUUCCUCCACUAAUGUAAAUGUGAAUUUGACAGAUGAAGAGAAAUGAUUACAGCUCCCUGCUACUUGUUUUAUUGUUUAUAGAACAGAUUAUAUAUUUGCCUUACUUACGUACGUACUCUUUAACUUUUUUUUUUGUAAUGGUUUCAUGAAUUAUCUUUUAAUGCUUUUUAAUUUCCAUUUGCAGUGUUUCUAGCGUUGUUGUUAUGAUGGAGGUGGGGUUUGUGUCAGGCUGUUUAAACCAUCUGUGGAUUUCAGAAACGGGAACAUAAUUUACAACACAAAAGGGAAAGUUGACAUCAGGGCGUCAACGAGUAUUAAGUGCAAAAACUAAAUCUGUAAGCUUAUAGUGUUUCACGUUGAAAUCAGUUAAUUUGCUCUUUUUUUUCCUUUUAGUAAAGAUACUUUUGCUGAGAUGACGGAGCAGAAUUUCUACAACUAAUUAUUCAAUUUUUAGCCUCCUGGUUUUCAACAAACCUGUCUGCAAGGUCUACAAACGCAUAUAGAUGUUUGAUUUUGGGGUUCAAAUUGAAGGAGUUAACAAAAUUCUGAAAAAAAGUCUUAAUGCACAUAUGGAUAACUUUUAUUUUGAUAUUGAGCAAUAUCCAGAUGCUUGGUGAAAUGACCCACUUUCCGUUGACAUACUGCAAUGUUUGUUGCAAAGAGUGAUGAACUAUUUCCUGUCAAACAGUUCAGUCACAUGAGUAAUUAAGAUCAAACUGUAUCAGACAUCUUUUUCUUUUUUCUUUUUCUUUUUUUUUUUUUGAAGUCUUGGUCCUUUUGCGUAAUAAUCAUUCCGCCUGUUGGCUGAUGUUCCAGCAGAGUGGAGGUCCUGUCUGUCAGUUUCUUCCUCUAAAUCCACAUAUGUUGGAAACAUGACAUUGCAAAGCUAUACUUUUUUUUUUUUUUCCUUUAGUAUUUUGUUGCUUUAUCUUCAGGGAGAUUUGGAUCAGUUUCAGAGGCUUACAGUUGAUGCAUCAAAGUGUUUACUGGAGGUUUAAUAUUCACCAAACAUGAAACUUGUUUUCCAAAAACCAGCGAAGCCUUUGAAUUGGUGAGUUGGUGUGUGGCUGUAGACAUGGCAGACUGCCACUGGGGGCGGAGGGGGGUGGUGGGGGCCUUCUUCCUUGGACAGUACCAUGAUCUCGCCCUCUAAUGUGACCAUCACCUGCCAUCACCUGUCACCGGACAUUUGGGGUUUCAGGUGUUUUUGGGGAGUUUCCAGCCUUCUCUAUCAGCGUAGAACUGCUGCUAGCUGUCCAGACAAACUCUAGGGGGAGCUGCACCCUCUGCUCGUCAGUUUUACCCGGAUUAGGCCAGCGGGCCGGACACCGGAGAGAUGACAGAUGAGUGAUGGACGUGGGAAGGGAGGAGAAAGGAAAGAGAGAGAGAGCCCAACUGGGGUUUAUGAUGUCGCUCAGAGGUAUAUGGCUGGUUAUGAUAUCUGGAGAUGGUGAAAAAAAGGACAAAAUUCCAUAAAGCCAUAUGAAUAAGAAAUAACUGUAUAUGAACCAUUAAAAUAGUUCAUUGCAUUACUAUAUCCUAGGCUUGUCAAGAGGAAAAAAAGAUGAAAACAAGGAAAAAGGAACAAAAAAAAUAUAUAAAAUGGAAAAAUGUAAAAUACUUGAAUGAGAUCUUGUAUUAUAACAUUUAAUAUUCAUAAUAUCUGCUUUGUAGGCUGAUGUGAUUCGCUGUUAGUGUUAUUUGUAAUUUGUAGUAAUUAUGCUUUUCCUUAAUAAAGAAAAAAAAAACACAAAACGGACAAAAAAACCUCAA